AUGGCUGCCAAACAAGUUGCAACAGUUUCUGUGAGAAUUCUGGUAGAUGAAGAGAAGAAGAGGGUAGUUUGUGCCGAAACUGGUAAUGACGUCGUCGACAUUCUCUUCGGUUUCUUGACUUUACCAAUGAGCACCGUUGUCCGACUCAUCCGCAAGAAUCGAUCAGAGCUUGGAUCCAUGUCCAACUUGUACCGAAGCGUAGAAGCAAAUUUCAGCCUAGACAAUUUCUGGACUAAUGCUUGCAUGGAUAUGCUGCUCCAUCCCAGAACUCCAUUAGAAACCAUUUGCAGUUCUAGUUCUGACUAUUGCAAGGGUUUGAAAAUAAAUGUAAAUGAUUCAGAGCCCACAAGGUACUUCAUAUGUUCUGAUUUAGAGUGCAGUCGAAAACAGAAUAUUGGAUUGUUUAGUAAUUAUGUGAACUAUAUACGUAAAUGUGGGAAGUUGAUGAACAAAGAGAUAUUUGCUUUGACUUCGGCCUCCAAUACCAGAGAGACAGAUGGCGUGUUUGUCACCCGAUCGACAGCUUAUAUUGUCAGUGACAGUUUCAAAAUAACUGCCAGCACACCAGGAGUUCUAGUUGAAUUGCUUCGCAAUACUGGUAUCAAAGAUUUGAAUUGUCUCGAAGAAAGAGUUGUCAAGGUUGGCUCUGAGGAGAUCAAACUCACUGCGGUGAGAAGAAUUCUAACACUGGUGCAACAGUCACCAAACUUUGAUGAUGAAGCCGAAGCUCCGCCAUUCUUAUACCUCCUCUUCUUGUUCCUUCUUUCCACCUGUCUUCAUCUACUCUCCUAG